AUGGGUGACGUUUCUGCCUGCCCGCCGCUAACGCGUGCGUCUGUUCAAGAGGCACACGCAGCAAUCAAACAUCACAUUCAUCGCACCCCCACCAUCACUUGUGACACCAUCUCCAAUCUCGCUUCCACUCCACAAUCGUUCGAUUCUCUCAAAGGCACACCGUUCGAAGGCCGUACACCAUCCAAACCGCGCAUCAACCUCUUCUUCAAAUGCGAGAACUACCAAAAGAUUGGCGCCUUCAAGGCCAGAGGUGCCUUCCACGCGUUGAGCCGUCUGAGCAAGGAGCAGCUGAGUAAGGGUGUCGUAACACACAGUUCGGGCAACCACGCCCAAGCUCUUGCUCUGGCAGCUCGCACCCAUGGCGUUCCUGCCCACAUCGUCAUGCCUACCAUCAGUACACCAUCCAAGAUCGCCGCGACCCAGGGUUACGGGGCUAACGUCAUCUUCUCUGGUUCGACGUCCGAUGAAAGAGAGGCUGUCGUGGCCGAUGUAAUAAGAGACACUGGUGCCAUUCUGGUACCGCCGUACGACCACCCCAACAUCAUUCUCGGUCAAGGCACUCUUGCUCUUGAGCUGGAAGUACAAGCCAAAGACCUGGACGAACGAGGGUUAGACGCUGUAGUAGCCCCUUGUGGUGGAGGUGGCAUGCUAUCCGGUGUAGCAACCGCUCUAUAUGGCACUGGAAUCCGCGUCUUUGGAUCUGAGCCUAGCUUCGAAGGUGCCGAUGACGCAAAGCGAGGUGUCGAGUCUGGAACUCGUGUAGAAAAGGUAAAGACUUUGACCAUCGCUGACGGUCUAAGAACACCGCUCGGCAAGAUCCCGUGGUCUGUCAUCAGUGAUAGCAAGAAAGUCAAGGGGAUGUACAGCGUGACUGAAGACCAGAUCAAGUCCGCUAUGCGUCUGUUGCUGGAACGCGCAAAGGUCUUUGUCGAGCCUAGUGCUGCUGUACCUCUUGCUGUAGUCCUGUACGACGAAGACUUCAGGACCAUAGUGGAGAAAGAAGGCGGCGAACAAGGAUGGAACAUUGGCAUCGUUUUGUCUGGUGGAAACACUACGGUGGAAGCCAUUGCCAAACUUUUCGAGCCUGCAUCCGAAAAGCAAGCUGAAAGGCAACAGUCUAAGCUCGGGAUGAACGGCGAAAGGGUUGCCGAAAAUGUUGCUGGAUAG